CCCCCCCAGGGCCUUGCUUCCUUUGUCUGCCUAUCAACUCAUUCUCUUCCUUAGUCUCCUUGCAUGGAUGGAUAGAUAGAUAGGGCUUGCAUUGUUGCUAUUGCAUGCGUUUCAACUUGAACUUCUGUGGGUAUACAUACAUACAAUCGAGGAAAAAGGCUUUAUUGCUAUUAUGGGCUCUUGUUACCUUGCUCAUUUGCUGCUUUGCUGCUUGGGAAUUAGAUAAUUAUGGGCUGGGCUGCUUUUAGUCUGUGAACUUUUUUUUGCAACUUGAAUGCUUUUGGGCUGUGUCUUUUGGGCCUCAAUUUGGGUGCAUUAGAGAGACAGAUCAGUGUCCCAUUGUUGUUCAGGUGGUUGUUUUGUGUGAGUUUAGAAUUAAUCACAUCUGUGAAUUUGUUGUCAUGAUGGCGUGGAAUGCAAGACGACCCUGCUUAGACCCAAAUUACAUUUUAAUGCAGCCAAAUGGUGGUCGAAGCGGCUCCAGAGAUGGCCUCUUUUCAGUGCUGGAUUCUUAUCCGUUUCCUUCUCUCAGAGGCUUGCAGGACACCAGACCUUCUGGUUUCUUGGGAAAACGGCCUUAUUUCUCCAUGUUUGAUCACCAAGAAGAUGAGAUGGAUGAUAAAAUGUUUGAUUCCAGCUCUUCUCAGCUGCAUCAUGGAGACAAGAAGAGAAGGCUGAGUAUUGAGCAGGUUCGGUCCUUGGAGAAGUGCUUCGAGGCAGAGAACAAACUGGAGCCAGAUAGGAAAAUCAAGCUGGCACAAGAGUUGGGAUUGCAGCCCCGCCAGGUGGCUGUGUGGUUCCAGAACAGACGAGCACGUUGGAAGACCAAGCAGCUCGAGCGAGACAAUGAUGAUCUCAAGGAGAGCUAUGAUGCUGUCAUGGCAGAGAACCAGAAACUCAAAACUGAGGUUGCAGGGCUGAGGGCCGAGCUGGAAGCCUGCAAAAACAAUGGAAAGGAUGUUGUCCUGAAGAGCGUGAAAAGUGAGUCUGAGACUGAAGCCACUGAGCCAAGCCAGACUGUGCAAUCAGAAUCUGAGAGUGAGGAAAUGUCCAAGAAACUAGGAAAAGAUAAUUUCUCUACUUGUUCUGAGGUCAGCAUUGAUCAAAUUGGAGAUACUGGAACUCCUCAGGAGCAAGCUUCUGGUGGUGGUAUAGAUGGGGACAAUGCCUCCUCUGCUCAAGAUGUUUCUACCAUGGGCUCAUACUACAUCAAUUUCACUGAAAACCAGCAACACUCGCUUCCCCAAUUUGGGCAUUUGAUGAAAUAUGGAGAAGCAGAGGGAAGCUAUUACAUUAUGGACCCUGACUUUAUUCAUAUGGAUUACACUGACAGUUAUGAUAGCUGCUCCCUUUGGGACUGAUUUAGUAUUUUUCAGUUUUUAUCUAGCUAGUAUGCACAUACCAUGUAUAAUAGUAGGAUGGGUACUGAUGAGAAUUAAUUGGCUCGUAUGUAGUUUAGUUACAUAUAACUGAUGUUUGUAUAGUGGCAAGAUCGAUUGCUUGACUUACUAAACCGGAAUUUCAUGUCUUGACCUUCUAUGAAAGGAAAGGCAACGAAAGUGUUUUGCAUAGGCCUACAGCCACGCUUGUAAUAUGGGUUCUUGACAAGCUUAUCUAAUUGUAAGCCCAUUGUCUGUGUCAUUAACCUUAAUUGUAUAAAAUUAUUCUUCUUGCCAGAUCUUUUUUCUUUUC